UCUCUCUCUCUCUCUCUCUCAUGGACAAAGAAAGCAUGCUGCUUUGCGUGAAGCAUUGAGUGUGGUUAUGGUACCAGUUGGAUUAACUCUCCCUAUGGUUAGUUAGUUGUUGCUUUAGGUUAAAGCUCCUGCCAGCAGUAUAUGAGCUUGGGUGUGAUCAAAGAAGAUUCAAAGAGAAGAGGAAAUGAAAAGCGAACAAACAGUUACACCCGUCACCGCUGCGGUAAAUGUCUCGCCGGAGCUAUUUACGUAGGUAUAGCAGGAAUGGUCAUACCCCCACUUUUCCGGCGUCUAUAUCGAGUCCUAACCCCACUGAGUCAAGCUCAGUAUGUUCGUAACUGUGCUCGGGAGUGUUCAGCAUUAGCCGCUGCAGGUUGUGGAAUUGAAUCCAUGAUGAGAGGAAUCAGAGGCAAAGACGAUCUUACGAAUCACUUGGUCUCAGGAUCAGGUGCUGGGUUGGCAUACUCUUUUGUGAGGCAAGGCUUGAAACUGAAGCCUGCACACGCACUCUCCUGUGCUGCUGGUUGCGCUGUUUUGUCAGGAACAGAGUGUAAGAUGAAUGAAAUAUUCAGUGCAACAAGUGAACGUUCCACCAGGGGCAAGGCUUUUGAUAAUUGAUCCAUAUCAAGAGUUAACCACCUAUGAAAACUCGAAGCCAAGAACAUAAUUUUUUCACUGAAAUUUUAUGUCUGCUUAAGUAAAAACAACUUUAUUGAAAUAUCAAAACCGGACCUCGUAGUCUAACAUCCAACGAUCUCUUCAAUCGUUUUCGCCAUUUGAGAAAUGAGAUAAUUCUUCCAAUCACCAACGUCACAUUUCCUAAAGAACACAUUUGGAUUCUACACCAACUCUUAUCGUCUACGCAAACUACAAGUUCACAGUUUCGUCCACCGAUCCACUCUCUUGUUCCUCCUCGGUGAAUGGACAAUUCAAGAGUUCAGCGGGUCUCUUGACUUGAAACGAGGCUCCUCAAUGAUCUCUUCAUACUUCAUAAACAAAACAUUCUCCUUAGAAUAGCUCACUUUCCAAUUGUUUUUUUUUUUUUUUUUUGAAUUAUACAGGGGUAUCCUGAUCCCAGUGGUCCAGACUAGUUUUGUAUUGCCACGUGUCAGUCUCUUGUCAUUGGCGAUGCCGAAAUGUUAAUUACCCAGUGGCCGAGACUCGAACCCUGCUGGUUUCACCGUAUUGAGCUUUUUACCCGCAAGUUAAUCACCACCAGACCACAAACCUUGGUUAUGGCAGAAACUGAGACAAUUUCGUUUCAAGAAUUCUUGAGUGAAGCCGCCGGAAAAAAAUGCAAAAGAGUAACCAUCAAAGUCGACAAUAAAUCUGCAAUUGCGCUUACGAAAAAAGAAUCUUGUGUUUCAUGGUCGGAAGUGAACAGAAGGCGGAUAUCCUCACAAAAUCGCUUGAUAAAAUAAAGUUCAAGAAGAUGAGAAAUCUUACUGGAGUUUAAGAUGUGUAAGUUUAAGCUUAAAAAAGAAGAAUGUUGAAUUAAGCUUUAAACAUAAGGUAACUUGAGACACAAGUCAGAGACCUAAUCCUACCGAAUUAUGGAAAUCGUCCCAUACUUUUUAAUCUCCAAGCUGCUCAAACUACGCAAAGUACACAAGUUCACGAUGUACUCCACCGUUCCGCUCUCUUCCUCCGUGAAUGGACGGUUUCAAGAACUCAGCGGGUCUCUUGACUUGAAAACCAGGCUUCAAGCAAUGUAUUCAAAUGCAUACGUGCAGAAAAAAAUUGGAUGCGUACGUGCUAUUUAUAGUAAAUCGUUUUAUAGUAAGAGUACAACCAUGUGGUAUAAGCGUUUCUGGAUAGUUCAGCGAUAUUUGAAGCAAUGAAUUAUCUCGCUGCUGGUAGAUUUUGACGCAUUUGAUCAUUGGCUCACCCUGUGGUCCAAAAUCGCUCGCAGUCGUUACUACACUCCUUUAUUUUGUUUAAAAUAACAACAUAUGUUUUUUUUUUUUUUUUUUUUUUUUUUUUUUUUGAACAUUAAUAACAACAUAUGUUUCAACUGUGUAUAUAUUAACUAGCAGAUGACUAUAAGAGCAUGAUCAUCAAAGGUUUAAAAGGGGAGUUCUCGCCCAUCCAAAAAAAAUAAAUAUAUUAUAAUAAUAAAAGCUGGUGAACUCGUUUCGCCACGCUCCUUCCGCAUAAACUCGAGUACUUACUGUUUAGCGGAUCUCACGCCACAUGGUGGUCCGCUAUUGAUCAGUUUAUGUUUAAU